AUGCAGAUGAGCAAAGGCAUGGGCAUGCUCAACACAUGUCGCUGUGAGAAGGUCGUCGUGCUCAUACUGGGCUGCCGCGAACUUCAGGAUCACGACCUGUUGCAAGUACCAGAUUCUGGGGAUAGCGUGCGUGACAUCGAGCUAACCUUGGUUCGAAGAUCAGCAGCACACGCGGAGCUACUGCGUCUUGUUCGUGGAGGGACUCAGACCCUCAGCCGAAAAUGGCUUGCGCGAAUGCCCGAAGUUGUCCGUGGAGAUUCUGAGAUCGUUCGAGAGGUGUUGCGCAGGGACGGUGUGGCACUGGAACAUGCCACACAAGAGCUGAAAGCAAAUCCCGAGAUGGUCUUGGAGGCCGUGCGCCGCAGUGGCUUCGCACUGGAGUAUGCUGCGGCUCAGCUCAGGGAGGACCGCGACUUCGUUCUGAGGGCCGUUCGGGUCAACGGCUUCGCGCUCGCCCGGGCAUCGGCCACUUUACAGGCUGAUCAGGACAUCGUUCUGGCAGCGAUUGGGGAGGAGGGUGCAGCCUUUGAGUACGCUGCGGAUGAGCUGAAGAGUGAUGCCGACUUUGCUUUGGAUGUGGUUGCUACGGGGAGCACCGGGGUGCUGGAGCACAUUGAUCCGGAGCUUUGGGAGGAUCCACGCUUCGUACUGGAAGCAGUUAAGCGACUGCCAGCGGCCUUGGAACAUGCACAAGAGAUCCGCUGCGAGCCCACCUUCGUCCUCGAGGCAGUCUGCCAGAGGCCCGAGGCGCUUCCCUUUGCAGCACCGGAGUUGCUCGAGGAUCCCGCCUUUCUCCUGAGGGCGAUCACGCGGAAUCCGGCUGCUUUCGCUUUUGUGGGAGAACUGUCCUCGGAGCCCGCCUUCGUCCUCACUGCACUGAGAUGCAAUGGCGAGGCCCUGCGCUUCGUUUCGCCGAGCACGCUACUGAAAGAUACGCGCUUCGCACACCAAGCCUUGAAUGCUGCUGGGGCCAAGGCCCUUAGAGGCAUGCCAGACACUUUUUGGCAGGACAAGGAUCUUGCCCUGGCUGCCUUGCACUCCGAUGAGGCCUCUGUUCAGAGGGUCCCUAAAAAGUUCUGGACAGACCGUGACUUUGUGCUAAAAGCCGUCCGCUGGCAACCGUCGAUACUCAAUAUGAUUGAGCCGAACCUGCUGAAAGACAGAGCCUUCAUUCUAGCAGCUGUGCAACGCAACUCCACGUGCAUACGCUACGUGUCGGAAGAACUGCUGAGGGAUCGGGGCUUUGUCCUGGAAGCAGUCGAAGUCCACGGGUCAGUGUUGAAGCAUCUCCCCCACGACAUGCGCACUGACCGGGCUCUUAUUCUGGCCGCCAUCCGGAAGACCGGUUUUGUGCUUGGAUUUGCAGAUGACGAGCUGCGCUCUGACAAAAGUUUUGUGUUGGAAGCUGUCAAAGAAAACGGCUACUGCUUGAUUGGCGCGCCCGAUUCAAUGAGGCAAGAUCGUGACGUUGUUCUGGCGGCUGUUCGACAGCAGGGGCAGGCACUGGAGUUCGCCACAUCCGAGCUUUGCGCAGACGCGGACAUCGUCCUCGCGGCCGUUGAAACCUGCCCAGGUCCGCUUGUGCAUGUGGAGAAACGGCUUUGGUCUGACCGAGACUUCGUAUUAAGGGCGGCAAAGCGGCAUGGAUGUGCGCUCAAGCAUGCAGAUGACUCGCUGCGGCGGAGUCGUACGUUUGUGCUUGCUGCCUUUGAGCUCAAUCCGGAAUGUUUGUGCUAUGCACAUGAAGAACUCCAGUCAGACCGGGGCUUCAUGAUUGAAUGCCUGAUGCUGAAUCCGAAUGCGUUACCCUUUGUUCCUGCCACAAUGCGUAUAGACGUUUCCUUUGCUGCCGCGGCUGCCGCGACCAACGCACCAGUUCAGUCCGAGGCUUUGCCUUUGGAUUGCCCCUCCCCAUCCUGGUAG